GAACUGUCCAAGAUGCCCCUGCCGCGAGCAGUACAAAUAGAGCAGUGCACCCUGCACAUCUCCUUCAGCUCAAGGCCUUGUCUUGCUCCUUGAGUUCUCCAGCCCCAAGCUACCCGGCCAUUUGCUGAUCACCAAGCUUGCAGCUUGUUAUCCCUAGUCAUUCACCAUGGGCUGCUACGGUGAUUUCUUCGAGACGGCCAAGCCUUACAUCGCCAUGAUCUCCCUGCAGUUCGGCUACGCCGGCAUGAACGUCAUCACUAAGGUCUCCCUCAACCACGGCAUGAGCCACUACGUGCUCGUCGUCUACCGCCAUGCCUUCGCCACCAUCUCCAUUGCUCCGUUCGCUCUGAUCCUCGAGAGGAAGGUGAGGCCCAAGAUGACAUGGUCGGUCUUCCUCCAGAUCUUCGUGCUGGCACUACUAGGGCCUGUCAUUGACCAGAACUUCUACUACGUCGGUCUGAAGUUCACAGGCCCAACCUUCGCGUGCGCCAUGAGCAACAUCCUUCCCGCCAUGACCUUCGUGAUGGCCGUGAUUUUCAGGAUGGAGAAGUUGGACCUGAAGAAGGUGAGGUGCCAGGCGAAGGUGGCCGGCACGCUGGUGACGGUGGCCGGCGCGAUGAUGAUGACGCUGUACAAGGGCCCGCUGAUGCAGAUGGCGUGGACGAGCUACGUGCAGCCGCACGGCCACGGCGGGGAGGCGCCGGUCGCCGCCAUCGACCCCAGCGGCAAGGAGGGGUUCCUGGGCUCGCUCUUCGUCAUCAUCGCCACCUUGGCCUGGGCCUCGCUCUUCAUCCUGCAGACGCACACCCUGAAGCACUACGCGGCGCCGCUCUCCCUCACCACCCUCAUCUGCUUCGUCGGCACACUGCAGGCCAUCGUCGUCACCUUCGCCAUGGAGCACCGCCCCUCCGCCUGGACCAUCGGCUUCGACAUGAACCUCCUCGCCGCCGCAUACGCAGGCAUUGUGACGUCGAGCAUAGCGUACUACGUGCAAGGCCUGGUGAUCCAGAAGACCGGGCCGGUGUUCGCGUCGGCGUUCAGCCCCCUGAUGAUGAUCAUCGUGGCCGUCAUGGGCUCCUUCAUCCUCGCCGAGAAGAUAUUCCUCGGCGGCGUCCUCGGGGCCGUCCUGAUCGUGAUCGGGCUCUACUCCGUGCUCUGGGGCAAGCACAAGGAGACCCAGGAGAAAGACGACGAGGCCUUGGAGCUGCCCGUGGCGUCCAAGACGAGCGGAGUUUACGAUGACGCCACGUUCGUCAAGGAGAUCGCCGCCGCCUGCGCUGUUGGAGAUGACUCGGAGUGCAAGAAGGCAAAUGGGGUGAAGCCAUCCUCCGAUGGACACGGAGCUAGUGCAGUUUGAUGCAGUCUGCAACUCCAAGUGUUCAGCUGAGCGCGGCUAGCUGGGUGGAAGAGGCGUUGUCCAAGUGCUAACCGUAUUCUCAUGUGCGUGUGCGUGUGGGUGUGUCCCUGCAAUGAUCGUGUUUACUGACGUUGCGUGCAUUAGGGUCGGAUGAUUGAGAGAGGCUGCAACUGCACUGCAGAGUGGGAGGAGUGGAAUAAUUUUGUUCUGUGCCCUUUAAAUUUUGCUAUCCAUUUUGUAAUCUGAUGGAUCUAGCUACUAGUAUAUUUAACCUGUAUUUUCUUCUCAUUUUGUUUUGGGAGAAAAAAUGUCGUGUUCUGUCAUUUAUGCCAUGAACAUUGUAUUCAUUUA